AUACACACCUGAACCUCUGGUCUUCCUCGCCUGCUUCGGCUCUCGGACACUCUUUCUCUCCGUCUCUUCACUUUCUCGUUGUUAGCUCUCAGUGUCUUUGAAGUUCUCCGAGAAGGUUGCUUGAGGUACUGGUGACGCUGCAUUCUCAACAUCAUUCAAGAUGGCCGAUGAGGAACAGCCUAUAGACGCAGGACAGGAGGACGAGGCCCCCGAACCCGAACCCGAACCCGAGCCUGAACCAGAACGGGCGUUCGAUGCUGUGCCAUCCAACGCCAGCAAGAACGUGAGGAGGAAGAGAAGAGAUUGGCUGAGUUCAGGGCCCAGGAGGAGGUCAAGAGGAAGGCAGAAGAGGAGGAACGCAAGAGGAAGAAGCAGGAGGAGGAGCAGAGAGUGAAGGAAGAACGCGAGAAGAAGAAGAGGGAGGCUGAGGAGAGGCUCAAACCCAAGGGCCGCAACUUCAAGAUCUCUAAGAAAAGCGACUCGGAAAAGCCUGAUUCUGCUCCGAUGAUCGAGCUGGCUGAGAGAGCACGUCAGAUGAACAAAGGAAAAGGCAAACGUGGAGUGUCGACCGUACAGGUGGAUGAAUCCUUCGACCGCCUGGCUGAUAAAUUCACUAGCGCCCCGCCCAAGAUUCAGUUGUGCAGUAAAUACGAGAGACACACCGACCACAGGACCUACAGACAGAGAAUGGACCUUUUCGAAGACUUGGGCAAGGAGCCCCCACCCAUCGAGAUCAACAGAAUCAACGCCGGAGGAGCCGAGGGCGAUGAGGAGGCCGAGGAAGAGGCCGCCGACGAGUAGAUGGAAAGAAAGGACGAAGGGUUGAAAAGGACUGUACUUACCACUGGUUUCAAUAUCACCAUGGAAACACAGCCACGCCGAGACGCCAGCAAAGAUCUCUCCGACAUUUCGCUAUCUAGCAGCGCAAGCGGUCUCGUGUGCUCUCUCAAGGCUACAGUCUGGCAAGAUCAGUUAUCCCCCCUGCCUCCCUUGCGUACAGUUUCUCCAGGCGGUUAGGGUACCGUUGAUGAAGCCCUUUAGAUUUUCAGCAGAAUGUGAAAGACGUUUCAGCAUAACACCACAAUGAAACACACACACCAACAACACUUUCACACUCACACACACUCACACACACACACACACACACAUACACACACACACACACACACACACACACACACACACACACACACACACAGUCCCUUUCAGUCCCUGAACCUUCCUGAUAUUAUUCUCCACGUAGAGAGUUUUGCGGAUCUGACUUGACGUUGAAAUGUGUCCAUACGUUUGUGGCUAGACCACCACGUGUAUCCUCUCAAUGUCGGUCCGACUCCAUCUUCAGUGUGACAGAUGUGAUAUCAAAUCAGAGUGAUAAGACAGACGAACAACCCUUUGUAAUUUUCUUUUUUUUUCCUUAAAAAAUACCUUAUUGUUUUCGUUUUGUUCACGUACAAGUAAAGAAUUGUGUACAUAAUUGGUAUUGACAACCUCUCACACAAACAUACACCCCCAUACGUUUUGAUGAUUUUUUUUUUCUCUAACUUUUAUUGCUAUUAUUAUUAUCUAUUUAUUUGUCUUUUUUGGUCUUGGAAAUUACGUGCAAUAAAAUUUAGAUCUUUUGCAGUCAUGCGUACAGAUUUGCUGGGUUAAAUCGUUUUGUCUCGACAAUGUUUGGAAGUGACCCAUUCUUCAACUACAAUUUUUGCUUGUAGAAAUAAAAAAGAAAAGCAAAUAUAAUCGACCUCUGCGGCUUGGCUUCCUUCAUCCGAUAUAUAUAUAUUAUACAGUCUGAGCCUCCGUCCACUGAAGCAGGGUUCGAACAUCAAACCACAGCCAGUCAGUCACGCCCUCUACUCCGUCUUUAGUAAACACCAACAAAGUCAGAGUGAGGGAAUACCAUCGCAGUGUACAGUGAAGUUUUACCAUCAAGCCAAAGAAAGCGAACUAUAAUCAUACUACUACUUCUAACAACGUGAAGACAGAUCUAACGAAGCCAAGCCGUAGUUCCGAUUUUCCCUGCUUUCUGGGACACACCAAUAUCUCAAAAGGAGAAUUUCAGAAGAAACGGUUUUUAAUUGGAGUCAAGUCUUAGCGUGCUGCAAAAAGUGAUAUUAUACAAUAUGAUCAGUUUCUAUUAUUCUAGCAUCAGUUAUUUAUUUUCAUAUCCGUUCUGUUUUGAGUCUUUCUACUCCCUGUGCAAACCGUCCGGCAGUGGUAGAGCUAAGCGGAUUUAGAGAAUAAAAACAAUUUUGUGUUACAAGGAAACCACAA